AUGCCUUCCUUCAUGAAGACUAUGGGUGUUGUGGCGGGAUUGGCUGCUGUUGCUUGUGCUCUACCGGCCCAACCGAAGUUGACCAUAAGACAAAGCGAAAUCUAUGGCCUCGCUAAACGACAAAAUGCGGCUGCUGCUGCCCUCGGCCUGGCGGAUGUUGAUAUCCUGCAAUUUGCCCUAACCCUGGAGUGGCUUGAGGCUACUUUUUACCAGCAGGGCUUUGCCAAGUUCAGCGACGACCAGUUCGUUGCCUUAGGCUUAAGCGCUACCCAGCUGAGCGAUCUUAAGGGAAUUGGUUCCAGCGAAGCAUCCCACGUCGGUCUGCUACAGAGUUCUAUUGCACAGGCUGGUGUCCAACCUGUCCAGCCCUGCGAGUACGACUUCGGCUUUACUGAUGCCGCCGGUAUGGUUGCUACUGCAUCCAUCCUCGAGAGUGUUGGUAUUUCUGCCUACCUCGGUGCUGCGCCCCUUGUCUCGGACAGCAAGAUCCUCAGCACAGCUGCUUCUAUCCUUACCAUCGAGGCUAGACAUCAGUCCUUUGUUCGUAUCGCUUUGGGAGUCGCUGCCUCUCCAUCUCCCUUCGAUACUCCUCUGGGACCUAAGGCCAUCUUCUCCUUAGCUGCCCCGUUCAUCAAGUCAUGCCCUGCUGGUUCAAACUUGAUCCUGACCGCUUUCCCGACUCUGACAAUGACCACUCCUGCUCCGGUAGCCGGUGUCAUGGCCCUCGCACAGGGAACUAUGCUGAACUUCCAAAGCGACGCGGCAUCCGGAGCCAAAUUCUGCGGUUUCACCAACUCCGCCGCGCCGGGUGGCACUGCUUUCGCCGCUUUCGAUCCUGCUCAGGGUUGCGCUCUCCCGCCCAACCUAGCUGGCACUGUCUACGUCACUCUCACCAGCGCCGCCGCCGCCGACGGUGUCAUAACUGACGACAUCACACUCGCUGGACCUUUAGUCAUGAACCUCAGCUAA